GGGUGGUGACUUGGGAGACACAUUUGCCCACGGCGUUCCUAUUGGUUUAUUGGUGACGUGAUGACACGGAGGAGUUGGGCUUAACACUUUAUAAAGCUUCUCUGUCCGCGGCGAGCCACUCUGUUAAAGACCACUGUUGCAGAAACUUCCCCCGCUCCGCAACUCACGUACUGGAGGCAGCCGAGAAAACCUCAACACCACCGUCCACCAUGAGCGAGAGACAAGGAUCUGGAGCAGCUGCUGGCAACAACAAGACAUCUGGAGAACAAGAUGCGUCCAAGACAGAUGUCCCGGAGGACUUUGACAUCGACAUGGAAGACCCUGAGACCGAGAAGGCGGCCGUCGCCAUCCAGUCCCAGUUCAGGAAGUUCCAGAAGAAGAAGCGUGUUGAGAAGUCCUAGUGAGCGCCGCGCUGCUCUGCCACUGUGUGUGGAGACGGCAGGUGGAAGCGACGGCACGGUGACGAUGGUGUGACAUUUGCAUGUAAACAAAUUCAUACCUGUUGGAACUGCAGGGGGCUGUGAUUGAUGGGGUUGGGGGGGAGAGAAUGCAAUAGCUUGUUUAUCAUAUGACAUGUCUGUGAAUUUUCAUUAUCCUAUUAUUAUAAUUACUAUUUAUUAUUUGACUGCUGUAUCAAUAACUAAGUAAGAGGACGAUGAAGAUGUGGUUUCUGUCCUCGUCCAUGUAUCAUGAAGUCUAGCUGGUGUUUGCGUUAGAAUAUGUUUUUGUACUUAUCCUAGCCUCGUAGAUAAACCUGCACCCCCCCACUACGUUUCCCAAGAAACACCUGUGUUUGUGUGAGUAGAUGGAGCGCAAGCUGAUGUUAGAGCGGAGGAUGUUUGGUUUUUUUUUUUUUUAGGAAAUUUAGCCUGGAGCUUUCCAUCCUGAACAGAAUAUUUCACCCCGAGGCAUUUUUUCUUACCUGCAUGGUAAUGUCAAACUGUGUAUCAAUGUACAUUGAAUAAAUAAAGACUCUGUGUGGAACUUG